CAGGAUACAAACUCUGCCCGCCGCAUUGAUGCUUCUUCACUUCUCAUGAGCAUCCAUUCUGUUUGACCAAAACCUCUCGGGUUUCCUCCCUUGUGAUCCCUGCUGAUUGAUUUUCCAUCCACCCCUUUCUGCCCGACCAUCUGGUCUCAGCCAACGAAAAAGCAAGUUCAUCUUGUUGAUCCCUGUAUCCUAGAACGCUUGAUUCACCCGCCUGACCAACGCCCCCGGCCUAUGGGAGAUGCUGUGCGACCAUGCCUUUUGCCCCGGCUGGCUUACCCCGGACUUGUUUCUUGGGGUUUUUCUUGGGCAUGUUACCUUGAGGGACUACAGUAUAGGACAUACUGUUGCUCGGCUAGUUUUCUAGCUGCGACUUCUAGGAGGUGACCGUCCCAAAACUCUGUCUCUGGCUUCGGUCUACGAAUAGGAUAGACAGGCAUGCUGAUGUAUUAGGAAACCCCCUGUAGACCCCAGGUCAUGGUUGUUGCGCCUUGGCCAGAAAAAGCAAUCCGAAUGUCACAGUCAGCAUCUCAACUCGCUCGCUCGUGUCGGCCCCGGAUUUCCCAUCGAAUUGGUUCGGCGUGAUCCUUGUUCCUAUUGCUUGCACUUGCAGGAGACUAGCUGCUGUAGCUUGGUCCUGGUCUGUCUUGGUGCUCCUUGUCCAAGACGACCUUUCCCCUCUUCAGUCUUUGAUUUUCUCCAUCAUCAGUUGCCAGUCGCCAUUUCCAAUCUCAUCCCAACUAUUUUACUCUUAUCAAUAUCUCGUCUUGUCUAUCUAUCUCUUUAUCUCUCUAUCUGACUAUCCUGAGUCGGAUAUACCAUUUAUUGUUGCUCCCCUUAUUCCGAUCCCGCCUAACUUUGGCCUCAGCUCAGUUCCCCACUUUCGCUUGUCGACAAUCACGCCAGUUAUCCACCAGCAUUGAACGUCUACACUCUUGAGUAGACAACUCUUGACGGCCUGAGAGGCUUGGGAGAGGCAUAUUAGGUGCAUGGAACUGUCCUGACUCGACUCUGCUGCAACAUUGAGGUCAAAAGAGUUGCGUCAAUUUGGUUCAAGUCAUAGCCGGAGACAUUUCAAAUACCGAGCUCUUCACGCAUCACCAGAUACAACUUGUGAUUAUAUCUCCAAGUCGAAUCAUUCUCAGCUGAAACUCUUCGGCACUGAAAAGCCAGACCUCUCUUCCUCGGCUUUUCUAAUACCUGGCCAGCACAUCCUCUCAUCUUGUUUCACACUGGUUAAAACGGAUGGAUCGGACCAGGCAGCUCUGACAGCACCCCUCAGACGAAGCGCAAGCUGUCGUAAUGGAGGUAGAGGCUAAUGGACAGAGCUCAAUCAAUCUGCUUGAGCCCUGGCGCUGCCAUUCCGCAGGCGGCUGCCACGAUGACCUCCCCAUCUCUCCACUGGAUCUCGCUUCGGAUGACUUGACUCAAGUCCCAAGAUGUUCCGGCUCAGACCCUUUGUUCGAAGCAUUGAUGGGAGAUUCGAAGUACCGUACUGUUCGGAAAGCAGAAAGUACUGAAGGCCAUCGGAAGCCAAAUGCAAAAGAAACGUUAAUCCCGAGGUCCCGACCCGAAGGCCAGGGAUUCUCUUUUCCGUCAACAGAGGAUGCAAGAAACAAAUCCAGCCCUUUAGACAUACGGCCUGAACCAGCAUCAACGGGAUCUCGCGGUAUCAAGAGAAAGCGCUGCAAGUCCGAUGUCGAUGGCUUCAACACAGCCGACCUGUGUGUCAAGAAACGUCGACUUCGUGCCGAACUUAUCACGAGUCGUCUUUCUCAGCCUUAUUCUCAACCUGCCACUCACAUUCUUAAUCGAGAAGGUCAAGAGGCUGGCGACAAGCGCUUCUUGAAGAUGGCUACUUCAGUUGAUAUGACCCGAAGGAUCGCACAUCUUCACGCAACUUCAUUUCUCCGCUUCUCGACUAUGAAUUGUCUGAGGAAGAGGUUGAGUCUCGGGCAGGCUGCAGGUAACAAGAAAUAUGAGCAGGAAAUUGCAACUAUCACAUUGAAAGCUGCCGGCAAGACGAAUUGGCGACCUCCGAUGCUGCAGGAUUCUUCAGCGGGCAAAUCUCUGAGGAUCUCACCAACUGGCACGGGAGUUAUUGGACCUUCAGGCAUGAUGGUAUCGUCGGCAAGACCUCAGCCAAGCUACCCACCUCAAAAGGCAUUUCAACAUCCGAAACCCCCAUCAUGCCGACUAUCUAAUCCUGUGGCCCUUCCUCUACCCGUUAGUGAUGUCGCUGCAACUAAGAAGCGUACAUCACCUCGACUCUUCCCCAUCCGAUCGCCAGAGUUACGGCCUACGGCGCCUUUACCUCCGCUGGACGAUCUCGAAGAGGAUAGUUUUGCAUACAUGCAUCCUGCAGAUGACGACUGGGAUGAUGUGGGCGAUGAUCAAGAUAGUGUAUAUUCUGACUUCAGCGUUUUAUUUGGACAGAGCGAUGAUGGCAACAAUGGCGAAGAAGACAGAUCGUAUGAGGAGUAUUUGGAUGAACUCGACGGCAUCUGCUGGAUGUCAAGAUAGUUAGGCAAAUAUAUAGUGGCGUCUCUGGGCAUCUCGGUGAGCAUUUAAAGGAAUUAUGUAAAGUAUACUUCUAGCAUUGGGUGGCAAUAUGUUCUUAUUCAUGUUCAAUAUGGCGAUAUUGAAGCAUUAUCCAGCCGCAAGGACUGGAACAAAAAUAGGCUAUACUGGUUUGUAUUAUUAUUCGGCCAGAUAGAGAGGCUUAGAUACACCACAGCUCAAGCAACAGGUAACAGAUUGUCAUUGAUACGUGAUUAUGUUUAUGGCUUUACACCAAGUUUAGAGGCUCUGUCGGUUGCAAUAUCGCACAUUGCCUAAACACCGAAUUAGUAACAGAAGCACUAAGUUAACUUGCGAGUUAUACAUACCUGUAACGCUUCAUCAACCUCUU